AUCAUUAGUCUCUUUAAUAACUUUCUAUUUCCCACCUUCCUUCCUCUCCCCGAUGACCCAGCUUCUCUGGCCUCCACCUCCCUCUUCCUCCCUCUCCGCCUCCAUGGGCGAGCAAACCCUAUCCCAGACCCACACCUCUCCCUCCUCCUCCCCCUCCCCCUCCUCCUCAACUGCUCCACCUAUCAUCUCCCCCUCCGAUCCGCCCUCCUCCUCCUCCUCCGCCGCCUCCAAGAUCCCCUUCCGUCCCCGCAAGAUCCGCAAGGUCUCCUCCGACGGCGACGACUCCAACAAGCCCCCACCACCUCCUGCCAAGCUCCCAAUCCGCUAUCUCCCCCGCCCCCUCUCCGCCGACGGCGAGGUCGCCUCCGCCCUCCGCCACCUCCGCGCCGUCGACCCUCACCUGGCCCGCAUAAUCGAAACCCACGAACCACCCGUCUUCAACACCCCCCACCCUCCCUUCCACUCCCUCGCCCGCUCCAUCCUCUACCAGCAACUCGCCUUCAAGGCCGCCGCCUCCAUUUAUACCCGCUUCAUCUCCCUCUGCGGCGGUGAAGAUUCCGUCGUCCCUGAGGCCGUUCUUGCCCUCUCCCCCCAUCAACUCCGCCAGAUCGGUGUGUCCGCUCGCAAGGCUUCCUAUCUUCAUGACCUCGCUCGGAAAUACCACACCGGCAUCCUCUCCGAUGCCUCUAUUGUCUCCAUGGAUGACAAGUCCCUCUUCUCGAUGCUCACCAUGGUCAAAGGCAUUGGCGCUUGGUCUGUUCACAUGUUCAUGAUAUUCUCCCUUCACCGCCCUGAUGUUCUCCCUGUUGGCGACCUCGGCGUCCGCAAGGGCGUUCAGAUGCUGUACGGCCUUGAGGACGUCCCCAGGCCCUCGCAGAUGGACAGUUUCUGUGAACGGUGGAAGCCCUACCGCUCCGUAGGAGCAUGGUACAUGUGGCGGCUGGUUGAGUCCAAGGGAUCCACCGCUGCUGUCACUGCCUCCAAUGGGGCUGGAACCCAAGCUAUCACAUCUGGAGGAAUGGGAGCUGGAGCAUUGCAGCAAGCGCAGCUCAUUGAUCCCAUCCAAAUGUUACCCAACCUUGGGUGAAUAAAAUCAGCAUUUUCCCUAUGGUAUUAAAAUUUUCCCAGCCUAAUUUUUCCUUUAUCCCAUUUGCUGUGUCUAUUGUAUGUUCUGCCUGAUAUGCUGUAUGUUUUCUUUGUUCCUGUUUGGAUAAUAUGUGAUCUGUGACAGGCAAGUGUAAUUGUAAUGGUAGUGAACUAGAGAACUUGCAAAAUGUUGUUAUUGAACUUAUUAUCUCUAGAUUGCCUUUUUUUUUUCA